AUGCUCGUUAGCGGCUUCUUUGUUGAGGACGGUCAAGUGGAUGUGGGACAAGUGACACUCACAACUAGAUGGUACCUGUCGGGUCGAAACGGUCCGUUUACACAGAGAGUUUUGCUGACACUGGAAGAGAAGCAUCUUCCUUAUGACCUAAAGUUAGUUGAUCUCGGUAACAAGCCAGACUGGUUUUUAAGUAUUAGCCCAGAAGGUAAAGUCCCAGUGGCGAAGGUUGAUGACAAAUGGAUAGCAGAUUCCGAUGUUAUUACACAGACAGUAGAGGAAAAGUUCCCCGACCCGUCACUGGUGACCCCACCUGAGAGCUUCUGUGUACACUCAUGCUCUUUCGGGUCGAAGAUCUUUUCGACAUAUAUUGGCUUCUUAAAAAGCAAAGAUGUGAAUGAUGGAACGGAGCAAGCUUUACUGAAUGAACUCUAUGCUUUCAAUGAUUACAUCAAAGAAAAUGGUCCGUUUAUCAACAGAAAGGAUAUCUCUGCUGUAGACUUAUCGCUAGGUCCGAAGCUGUGCCAUAUGGAGAUCGCUUUGGGUCAUUAUAAGAAGUGGUCAGUCCCAGAUUCACUUCCCCAUCUGAAAACAUACAUGAAGAUUCAGCCAGAUCGUCAAACUUUGUACUGGAGUGCUACAUGGCCAAAGGAAGUUGAGCAACUUGCAAGCUCAUUCUGUAUCGGAGCUUUCAAAUUUAUAUCUGGUGCACAAAUGGAAACCGCCAGCGAGGUCGCAGUGAGCCAGUGGCUCGGCUCGGACUAUCUGGAAGUGUCAAACUGA